GUUGUUUGUUGCUGGUGGUGUUUCUCGCUCGUCGAUUUCUGAUCAUUUCUCUUUUUCUCGGCCAAAAUGCGCCUAAAAAGAUGUAAAUAUCAAGAGUGACCCUAUCAGUGGCAGCAUGGACAGUGGAGUUAACGAUCAACAGCACCGAGAGAGGUAAGGGAUGUCGUUCUUAUGCACGCGAAAGAAAUUGGCUGAUAAAAAUUUUUGCGCGAAGGAUGAUUGAUGCUAGCACUGUUGAUCACUGUUAUAUUUAGUAAAAGUGCGUCUUUUCGUUACUUAGGCAAACGGUUGUAGAGGUUGUCAUAUGAGCAAUAUUUUAUGAAAACAGGCGGUGACUGUAACUGUAAAUUUUAACUUUAAUUGCAAGUUAACAGUUCGGCAAUGCAGUAACACGGCGUUUGAAACAGGCCUAAGAUACUGGGGAGUAAGUUCCUCCACUGUGAAAUGUCUAAUAAGUCGCCAUAUAUUACACACCGGUAAAAAAUAAUCUUGAGUUCUUGUACGAGUUUUACCUCAUCCGUCGAGUCAGAUAAAUAAUGUGAAGAACAUUGUUCAUCAACGCUCACCCUGUUUAGGACAAAAAAUGCUAAACUACAUACUCUGUUUACGACAACAGGCAAUAUACCCUGUUGAUAGUCUCACACGAAAUUUUAUAACCUGUUUAGGACAGAGAGGUAAAAAAACCAUACUGGCACAUCCCCUUAUAGACCAGAAAUAGGAGUUUCCCCAGGGUUCAUCAAUCUGCAAUUCCGCUCUUGAUCAAGUGAUCCAUGAUAUUUUUCAUCGUUUUAUUAAUCAGAAGGGUGUAAUAAUAUUUGACCCCAAGGGUACUCCUGGGAAUUCUUCGUUGGUGAGUGCCAUCCAGUUCUCCAAAUCCUGACCCUAUUUCAGACAAAAAAUGUCAUUUCUCACACCUGUUUUCAUACCUGCAAACCUCUAAAAUCCAUAACCAUUUUCAGACCUGGUUUUAAGUCGUCAUUACUCAGAUUAGAACACCACCAAAUUUCUUAAAAUCCAUUUCAAUUUUGCAUAUUUCUCUUUCUUUCUCAUUUGGAAGAAAUGAUAAACACAUUCAUACACUCCCAAUUUCCUCAAAACCCACAGAAUUCCAAAACCCGAUUCUGAGAUCGGCGAACCCUAAAAGAUAGAUCUAAACUUUUCUUCAAUAACUAAUACUUACCUUUGAUGUAUUUCAAUGUGCUUUGUUUGGGUUUCAUCGCAUCAGCAGAUUUUUAGACUUAAUAAUUUUUUAAUAAUAAUUUUUUAGACUGUAAUAAUUAUUACCCUCCAAAGAUGAAGUUGAGACUAUCUUAAUGGUCGAUCAUAGCCAUCUGGCAGGGUCCUGGGCCCCAUUUCUUGAAAGUCCUGAUAAUUAACGGGCCCGGUAAGGUGUUGCCGUUUACAUUAAAGAUCGUGGUUUUAAUAGUUUUGCAUCUAACAUAAUGAAACUAUCCGUUAACGAAACAAAAUGGAGUAGUUUUGCUAGCCAGGACCCAGACUCUUACUCUUUAAAUGUUGAUUUGAAUAUUUGAUUUUGGGCGCAAAAAGUUACCGGGACUUUCGAGAAAUGGGCACCUGGACGAGUCAAGAUAAAAGUGUUUCUCAGAAAUUCCUAUGGUUGUAUAAAUUCACUGUCACACUUCUGGUUAAAAAUUAUGUUAACUUUAGAAUACUUGCUUAAUUACAUGAAUGCUUGCCAAUUUUAUUGAGAUGACAUAAUUGAUAAUGUCUUGAAUAUUUAGUUGUCCCACCUUGAUGUGUUAAGGUGUAAUUACAUGACUAUUUUCUCUAGUUAAAAUAUGGCCUAGUAACAGUAAAACAAUACUAUAUUAUCUUUUGGCCAAGACAGAAGUUUAUUUUUUCAACUGAAAACACAAGAAAAGGUAACAACACGACAGAAACAAAAACUAAACAUAGAAAAUGAUACUUUUGCUGAUACACAAGAACUGAUCAAAAGUGAAAACGAAAUCUUAUACUAACCUUAAGUAACCUGUGGACAGGUGGUGUGUCAUGUGGUCCUUUGAGGCAAAAUCCUGAAAGGGGAAGAUUUGCUUGCUGCUCAUCUUAAUUACGACCUGUAAACUCAGUUUUGAGACAUAAAUGUAGUAAAAGUAAUGGUUCAAGUUCAUGGCUUUUAUCGAUAUACCACAUUUCAUCAUAAUAAUACUUCAUAGUAAUGAUUAUAAUAAUAAUUAUUAUACAUUGUACUCAUUAUCUGCCUUCCUAUUGGUUAAGAGCCGCUACAGCUAAUUUUGGAAACUUACAGAUUGGUUAUCUGCUAGUAGAUAACUGACUAAUCUUUAGGUUGCGCAGGCAAUGCCUGAUUUCCAAGAACAAUUAUAUCAAUUCAAGUUCCUUGCAAUGAUGUGUUUGUCAAUAUUUUCUUGCAAUGUUUAAUAAAACUCAGUAAUUUAUUAGGUUUGGUUUUUGUGAUAUCCUAAAAUCGUCAAGGUCUCGGUAAGUGUUAUCAGCCUCAGCCUUCAGCUCGGCUUUUAACACUUUCCUUGACCUUGAUUAUUCCGGAUAUCACAAAAGCUCUGCCUCCAAGAAUUGUUUAUUAUUGUUAUCAUUAUCAAAAUCAUCAUUAUUAUUGGUAUUGUUAUAAUUCAUGGUUUUAACAUGGCCAGGGAAAGGGUUAUUGAGGGUAGAUAGUGAUGUCAAGCUACCCAUGGGAUAAGCCAGUGUCACGUAUACAUGCUCAUAGAGGGACGAGUAGAGAAAAUGGUGCCUGUUUUUUUCAAUAAUAAAAUUGUUAAUUUGCUUACCUUAUUGGUCAUUGGUGCCAGUACAUUUUGCCCCCAAACCUGUGGGGUUUGGGCAAGAUCAGGUCAAAUUUGUUCUCAGGUUAAAAAUCUUUAACCUAGUUUGAUUCUUGAGUUCCUUUGUCUACUAGGGCUUAGAGGACAAAGGCAAUUGAGAAUCAACCUAGGUUAACUCAAAAUUAACCUGAGAUCAAAUUUGGCUUGUAAAAGGUAUGUAUUUUGAAUCCCUGGAGAACUCCUCUUGGUCCAGUAAGCCCCAGAAAAAUUUUCACUUACAUGCAUAUAGCCCAAGAAAAGCGUGGUUAUUGUUGUGUGUUGAGCCAUGUAGCCUGAAGGUUAAGGCAAGCAUAUUUUUCACUGUAGCUAUACUGAGAAGGAAGUUUUGCAUAACUCUGUCAUAGAGGUUGGCUUGGUUAAAGUCAGUCAAUUAAGAAAAAACUCCUUCAAGGUUAAGGAAGUUUAGGAUUAAGGCUAAUUAUUUUAUAAUUAUAUUAUACUGUUUAUCAUAUAUCAUUAUAAUCAGUCGUUAUUCACCCAAUUGUUCUUCCCAUUACAAAACCAAUGGUCAUCUAAUUGCCCAUGCAUGCAACUAUAAAGGCUUUAUGAGUAAAUAAUUCUCACCACUUAGAAUGACAAUCAGGCUUCAUUCCGUUCAAAAGGUAAAGUCUUCGAAUUGAAAUAGAAAGGGCGUAAUGUCCGACAGAUCAUCAUAAUUCAUGCGGACCAGAAAAGCUUUCGGGCAUACAUCAUAUUGACUUUCUAUAUCUUUCUUUAGCUUCAAAAUGAUAAUCUUUGGUAUUUUGUUUGUUUGUUCAUCGUAGACCGACCGCGGGUAGAAUUCGUCAGACGUAGGGCAUAUUUGUAAGUCAGAGACUGUGUAAUGACUGACCGUUCUACUGUUAUUUUCAGCUCUUUGAGGUGGACAAUGAUUUUCACUGCAUCCGUAUUUUCCGUACAGCUAUAAACAUUCUAUUUUUAGCUUUACCUUUUGACUCUUAUAUUCGCCAUUUUAACUUUUUAACAGUUUCACGAGAACGGAAACUCCCCGAGAUGAGCUAGUGGAAGUUCCAAAAGAAUACAAAGGCUUAGUGUUCGGCAAAGGGUGCAAAAAUCUAAUGGAUAUCAGUAACAAUACAGGAGCAAAAGUAAUUCGUAGAAACGGAGAAGUCUUCAUUACUAAAGGUACAGAGGAAGCAAGGGAGCAGGCAAGAAUAGAAAUCAAAGCAAAAGCUGUAAGUAAAUGAAUAAGCUGAAUGUAGUAAAUGAAUAUAGCGGAAUUUCCGCCUCCGCGAAGCCUCCAUUGUUAUCGAUGCAAGAAGAUUUUCUUUUAACGUCAGCGUACACUGGUCCGCCCCCCACCCCUGCCCUUACAAACUCUGGGGGUGGGGGAGAGAAGACUAAGUUAGGGACGGGAGGAGAGUCCCAGAUAUCCACCUUGCGUUUGUCCAAAGUUAGCCAAUCUAUAGGAAACCUUCUGCUUAAGCCUGUUUUUGACCUACGAAGAAAACUUUUAAAAAUAAAUUUGAAAGGCUUUGCCUUAGCUUGGUUUUGCUUUCUGGUCACGCACCAGGACCAAUCUAGUCUCAGACUGGUCAAAAUCGUGACAGGUGAAUUCAUGCAUAGAAACUUACCCAACAUCUGGAAAUGAGAGACUUUAAGCAUGAACUUCGGAAACAUCUAGUACGUUGACUGGAAGUAAUUUUUUUCCCCACUAGGCGUCAAUGCCUUAAGUAGCGAGUUUAAAGGAGCUGUGUAUCGAAAUUUCUCAAACUUCACAUGGUGAGAAACACAAACAUAACUGCUCAAAACAUAAAAAGAAGUUAUAAAUACCCCGUAAGAUACAACAGUAGGCAUGGAUGGACAAAUUUUAAGACUUUAAGAUUUUUAACGGAUUUGGAAUUGCGAAGCAUAUCUGUCUUCGAAUUAAGCUCAUUAUGUCUUAAACUAUCCGUGGAUUCAUCCAUCUAUCCUUUCAACCAUCCUUGUAAUUGUUUAUGUCAUUAUUCAUUCAUUCCCUCGUAUCAUUCAGAAUACUCGCUUUACUGGUGACAGUUAAAAAUGGACUGAUGGAAAACCGUGACUGGAGCACCGUUCAAAUCUAGCUAUAAGCUUUAACUUUAACAUUACUGGAAAGUCAUAUAAAUAUCUGUUACACUCAUGAGGGCAUCGUUUAUUGCUAGGCUGGAGCGAGACUCAGAGGUCCAGGAAGCAAAUUCAGUAAGUUCGCUGUCUACAUCGAUGGCCUGAAUCUCCCAGAGAACUGUAAACUAAAACUGGAGCAAGUGAGUCAGGAAGAUCGUGUUGUUAUCCCGGAAUCGUAUACACAAUACCGCCUGAAACCGGUUAAGGAGUUAAUGCAACAGGUAUGCCUUUUUUCCUUCUUAUAUAAAGUGAUGGAGCUCUGUCGGUAACCAAGAUGGAAUCGAAGAACAAUAAACUUCUAAGAAUUUAAGCUGAUAGGCCAAUCAAAUUAAGCAGCAUAAAGACAAAUACUAUCAUUAGUAUUUUUUUUUUAAUACAACAGAUAAUAAUAAGGCUAAGACGAAAGAUAACACGAAACGGUUUUACAGGUAACUAGACCAUGAAAUUCUCGGAAAGUAGGCAUGUAAACCUUACGGAGUCUUCUGUCCCGGAUAAUUCAUUGCCCCUGCGUAGAUUGAAUGAACACAUUAUCAUUAAAUUUAAAGUUAUGUUUGGUAAACGAAAAAUACUUGUUGUUCAACACGUCAGUGCAAAUCUAGUAUUAGAUAAUUAUUGAGCACGUGAUGUUGGACAAUUCAAGGUGUUGCACGUUCAGAUUAAACCGUGAGAAGUUUUUGGUAGUGUAGAAGGUGCAUGGAAGGUCUCUCCUAAUUGGUUGCAGGAAACAAUAACAUGCCAUUCUUUCAAUAUGCCACUUGCACUAAGAGGUCACAUGACCAAUGCUUCCUUUAAACAACGAGUUGGAGUCUUGCUGAUGCCAAAAAUUGACAGAGCAGAUAAAAAUUAUUUUACUGCCGAAAUUUGAGAGGAAACGCGUUUAUGAGAGACAUUUUAUGGCACUUUGAUUUUUCAACAAAGUAGUAUGAUUUGUAUUGGCCGCUGUAUUAGAGGGCAUACUCUUGCCCUCCAACAUGGCGGCCAAAACUACUUUUUGCUUAUAUCUUGUUAAACGUUUGAUAAUUACGCUCAGAUGUGCUGUAAACGUUACCACAUCAUCUUUGUAACAUUUUCCUCGAAGUUUAAGUGCCAAAGUUGUGUUAAUAAGGUAAUUCAUAAUUUUAAAAAUCACAUUUUCGUCACGUGAUCAGCUACGAACUUACUCAUUUUAAGAAAAUGGUGUGGGUUUGAAAAACCAAAUCACUAUUACUAUGUUUAAGAUAUGACCCACUAAUCGUUUUUUGAAGGUAAAAUCAUACAACUUUCAUUUUCAUAAAAACGAUGUCACAUGAUCUCUUAGUGCAAAUGGCCUACUGUUUUAGUAUUGUUUGGGGUUAGGGUUAGGCACCAUUGGUGACUUCUCUUCCGAGCAGCUGCCAAAUGGCGCGAAUUUUUAAUUUUUAAAAAGGAACACAAAUGUUUUCUCUUUACUCAACGAUAAAGUGUUCAAUACCUUUAUUGAUUCCUGGUUUUUUUUAAAAUAAUUUUUAAUGCUGUCGGGGCCUUAGUCACGGAAAUACCCAACACAAGACGCAGUGACUAAUUAAGUGACCUGAAAAUCAUUAUUAGUUGUUUUAAUAUGUUAGUUGUUUAUAGUUGUCUGUUUUACUCACGUCUAUCAGGGAAUUAGUUCUCCAACUGAUCAACCAAUCUACCUGUCAAAGCUUGUGAGCGACGCUUUGGAAUCUCUUCGAAGGAUAAAACAAGAAAUGACGACAAAAGAGAACCUGAAAGCCGAUAUGUGGUGUCAUUUUGGACAAGCCGUCAUCCGAGGACCUGACCAAGGUAAUGCUCAAAUUUUGUUUAACCAAUACACUUAGAAAAGUUAAUAUCGCAUGUGAAUCGUGUAAUCCUUUGUCUGGCCCAUCGGGUGAAAAUUGUCUCUAGUACUUUAGCUUGUCAGUCUGUUGUUCGUUAGCUUAUAUUGAUUGUUGCUACACUAAGAGAGGAAUUGAAGAGAGCCUAGGUUUAUACUGUUGCCUUGUGAGCUAAUUUUACGUUUUGCUUUAUCCUUAUUAAUUUCUAUGCCCCCAUCUCCUUCAAGCCCUUAAGUGCCUCGUAUUUUCGUGUAGUGUACGUGUGGGGGUGGGGAAGGGGUGGUAAGGGGCUCAUAAGCCGGGGGACGGAUCAUGUUAAUAACAAAUAACCUCCGCCAGCUCUGAUGUUUGCAUGUUAUGACUUGCUUUUUUGUAUCUUACAUGAUGUAAUAAAAUGUAUGCAGAAGAAGCUGAUCGAGGAAGGUGGAGUAUUGAUGAGGCAACGAACAAGUUUAACUCACCACUUGAAGGAAACUACUGGAAAAUAGUAUUGAAGCCAGGAGUGAAACUAGAUGGAAAAGUUCUGGAAAGACAUAUCUGCGAUUCAAAUCCAGAUGAGUACGUCGAUUAUGUUGCAAGAUAUGAGUUAGAAUUUUUAACGCCCUGCUGUUAUCAAGUAAUGUGCAAGGUGAGGUUCAAAAUUCAUUUCGUCAACUAUAUUUCGCUAUAUUUGCUAAUACUCUAUCCUUUCUAUCAUAACUGUGCCAAUUUGUAACUCGAACAAAAGAGGCAGGGUUUUUGGCCCAGAUACCAAAACCCCCAGGAGGCAUCGUAAGCGUAAAAGAACUAACUGUUGGAAUAUACAAUUUCUAUGUCAGAAAAGUUUUCUAUGUUGUCUGGAGAAAGGAAUGGGCUAGUUUGACGUUUCAUCAAUGAAAUAGCUAAUGCCAUAGUCGAACGGUGAACAGAAUAAAUGGGAAAUGAUGACGGAGCACCAUGCAAUGAUGAUUUAUCAGCAAAUAGCUACAGGAGUCAGGAUAUUGACAUUAUCUUAUCUUGAAAUAAUUAUAAAAACUAGGAUUAAUCGGAGCUUAAGAGAGUGCGUUCGAUAUGGUUGCUAGGCUACAGAUAACAGUUGAGGGGAAAGGGUGGAUGGUUCUUGCGAUAGAUAACGAAUUGGAGCGAUUUUGGUUCCGCGAAAGGUAUCAUGGGGAAGGCGAAGGUAUCAUUUAGGUAUCAUACAUCAACACUAAACGUUCCCAUGGGCCAUUGCGUGAUACCCCUAGAUCGAUCGCAGACGCCUAACACUUGAGACGCCUAGGAACGAGGCAGAAGCCUUACCUAGUUUUUCGGGGGGGGUGGUCUACUUCUCUCGUCAAUAACGGAACUGGAAAACGAGCACGAUUUCGCGCGUCUUGUGUAGAAUGAAUUUCAUAUUCAUUUAAUUUUUACUUCGGAGUGUUGAAGGGCUAGAGCCGAUUGAACCUCCAGAAGGUACAAAGGGACAUACGAGAGCACCGUGUGACAAGAUUUCUGUAAGCGGUAAUUGUUUAAUUUUAAGCUUUCUAUUUUUCGUUCUAAUCGCUCAGGUGUGGGUUACAAAAAAGAACGUCGGCAAAAAACUGGAAGAUAUACCAGCUCCUUUUAGUGACGUCAAGAAUAUUUUGAAAGAGAUAGAGUUCAAAGAUGAAGCCACACGUUCACGAUGCAGGGAUGGCUGGUUCUACCAUCUCGGAAGUACCUGCAAGCAAACAUUUUGUUUCCUGGCUGCGCAUUUGAUUGUAGGCUCCAUGUUCGUGGAAGGAUUGGUACGAUUUUCUGUUAUGAAUACG